AUGGCCGAACCCUCUAGAUCCCCUUCAUCGCAGCAGACCUUGUCAAGCUAUUACAUGAUGAAACUAAAUUCCAUUCCGGAUAAAGUCCUGGCAGAAACUCUGGACAAAUGGAUCAAAGCAGUCACUCCAGCACAUGACUACACAUCCCCUUCACCUGAAUGGUGGCCGGAGGAUGUGGGUUAUGAUAGCCCAGCCGAGUUGUCGAAAGCUACGCUAUUAAGCAGCUAUGGGGUGUAG